AUGGCGAUGAAGAAUCUACUAUCCUUAGCUCGCCGAUCUCAGAGGCGUUUCGCCUUGAAUCAAGCGAUACGUUCUUCUUCAUCAGUUUCAGCUCUCGAUUCGGCGUCUUACGCAUCUCCGGCGACUCAAUCCCCAACGCCGUCGAUUCUCAUGCCAUACGAUCGCGCCGCCGAGAGUAUCAAAAGCAAGAUCAAGAAGCUCGAGAACCCAGAUCAGAGAUUCCUCAGAUACGCAUCGCCGCAUCCGACUCUCGCAUCUCACAAUCACAUCUUAUCAGCACCGGAGACUCGUGUCACGACUUUACCAAAUGGUCUACGUGUCGCUACUGAAUCGAAUCUCUCGGCUAAGACCGCCACCGUUGGAGUCUGGAUCGACGCUGGAUCGAGGUUUGAGUCGGAUCAGACGAACGGGACUGCUCAUUUUCUGGAGCAUAUGAUUUUCAAAGGUACGGAGAGGCGUACGGUGAAAGCUUUGGAGGAAGAGAUUGAAGACAUUGGAGGUCAUUUGAAUGCGUAUACAUCGAGGGAACAGACGACUUACUAUGCUAAGGUGUUGAAUUCGAAUGUGAACCAGGCUUUGGAUGUGUUGGCUGAUAUUUUGCAGAAUUCCAAGUUCGAGGAACCGAGAAUUAACAGAGAACGAGAUGUGAUCCUGAGGGAAAUGCAAGAGGUUGAGGGACAAACCGAUGAAGUUGUUCUUGACCAUUUACAUGCAACUGCAUUCCAAUACACACCUCUUGGAAGAACUAUCCUGGGACCUGCUCAGAAUGUCAAGUCGAUCACCAGGGAGGAUCUGCAGAAUUACAUUAAGACUCACUACACAGCUUCCAGAAUGGUGAUUGCUGCUUCAGGAGCUGUCAAGCAUGAGGAAGUUGUUGAGCAAGUGAAGAAGCUAUUUACCAAGUUGUCAACUGAUCCAACCUCUACUGCUCAACUAGUUGCCAAAGAACCUGCUUGUUUUACAGGUUCUGAGGUCCGAAUGAUUGAUGAUGACCUACCCCUUGCCCAAUUUGCUGUUGCCUUUGAGGGAGCAUCUUGGACAGAUCCAGAUUCUGUUGCUCUUAUGGUUAUGCAAACUAUGUUGGGUUCAUGGAACAAAAAUGUUGGUGGUGGCAAACACAUGGGUUCUGCCCUGACCCAGAGGGUUGCCAUUAAUGAAAUAGCGGAAAGCAUAAUGGCAUUCAACACCAACUACAAGGAUACUGGACUGUUUGGUGUUUAUGCAGUUGCUAAGGCUGAUUGCUUGGAUGAUUUAUCAUAUGCCAUUAUGAAUGAAGUAACCAAGCUGGCCUACCGAGUUUCAGAUGAUGAUGUGACACGCGCGAGGAAUCAGCUGAAAUCAUCGCUGUUGCUUCACAUGGAUGGAACUAGCCCAGUCGCUGAAGAUAUUGGUCGUCAGCUGCUGACCUACGGGCGUAGAAUCCCAUCCGCUGAACUCUUUGCUAGAAUCGAUGCUGUCGAUGCCAGCACGGUUAAACGUGUUGCCAACAAAUAUAUUUAUGACAAGGACAUAGCAAUCUCAGCGAUUGGUCCAAUCCAAGAUUUGCCAGACUACAACAAGUUCAGACGCAGAACCUACUGGAACAGGUACUAA